ACUUGAUUUCAGUCUCCCGUAUUUUAACUUCAUAUUUCGAAGUGAAACAUUGGAUUUCGCAUAUUAUUAAGACAUCAUCGUUUUGCAAUGUCGGAAACCAAGGAGGCAAGUGUGAAGAUUGUAACUAUUAAAAGGUUCAAAUUUAUCCCAAACGUAUCACCAUUUUCUCUGGCAUUGGAAACAUUUAUGAGACUGGCGAAAAUACAAUAUGAAGUUGAAUUUGCAAACAAACUCACCGAAAACAAGGAAACUGGACAACUGCCAUUCGCCAUUGUGAAUGGAGUACAAGUGAAUGACUCACAAAAGAUUAUGAGCUAUCUCAGUGAGCUAUUUGAUGUUGACCUUGACAGUGAAUUAAGCCCAGUAGAGAAGGUCAUCUCCCAUGCAUUUCAGAAAAUGAUGAAUGAAUUCACUGUCUUGACAUACAUUUAUUGGCGCUAUGUUGACCACCCUGAAAUGUUCUUAACUACUGAUAUCAUGGAUACUCCUGAAUUAUUUGGGAUAAGUCCAGAUGAUCCAGAGAAAACCCAAAACAUGAUCGAUGCUGCGCGAAAAUACAUGCACGGAAAGACCCAUAGCCAAGGAGUAGGUAGAAAGCCAAAAGAAGAGAUAUAUAAAAUGGGUAUAGACGACUUAAGAGGUCUUUCUGUUUAUCUUGGAGAAAAAAGGUUCAUGUUUGGAGAUAAAGCCAGUAUGGUUGACUGUGUGUUGUUUUCUCACCUCUGCCAGAUUGUCUACAUUCCUUUACCGACAAUGCCACACAAGAUUAUGGUUGAAAAUGAGUGCAAGAAUCUGGUGGCAUUCUGUGAUCGCAUGAAAACAUUGGCUUGGCCUGAUUGGGACAAACUGACCAACUAAAACAUGUGCCAUUGUGUAUAUAUGCCAAUUUUAGUGUAUUUUUGAAAUGCAACUUUAUACUCGUAUGAGAAUUUUAAUUGUCACAGAUGCACUGGUCACUAUUUUGUGAACAUUUAGAGAUAAACAAGAUAUGCAUGAGCUGCAGAUGAACUGGUCACUGCCAUAAAUAAUGCCCAAGUUUAAAAAAAACAAUGCCCAGUUGUCACCAAAUGUUGCCAUCUACCUCGAAAUUGAGAGGAAAUCAUUCAUGAAAGCAAAAAUGACAGAUCCGCAUUUUUGAUUAGAUAUCGAAGGGGGUGUAGGGGG